AUGGCGUCGCUCUCUCCUUUCCCUCCGCUCAUCCACCCUUCUUCCGCCGCCGGCGGUAACGCGACUAGUCGUCUUAAUCAGCAAACUCAGCGGCAACUCCUGUUCGUCGAUUUCGUCGGGCUGUGCGGUCAAUCGAGGCGAGCUGUUAGCCGGCGGAGACUCUCCGCGGCAGCUUCUGGUUCUUCUUUUCCGUCGUCGUCGACGACGACGACGACGACGACUUUGUCUCGGCUGGUGAAUAAGAAUGGGAAGUCGUCAUCGUCGUGGUCCGUUGGAGCCAGCCGCGGAGUCAUCGAGAGUAAGGCGGCGGCGAGUGGCUCCGUUUCCGCUAGCUCUAAUUUGAAACCGCAGGUGGCAAACUUGAGCGAUAUAUUAUCUGAAAGAGGAGCUUGUGGAGUUGGGUUUAUUGCUAAUUUGGAAAACAAACCAUCGAAUAAGAUAAUUAAGGAUGCCCUUAAUGCUCUUGGAUGCAUGGAGCAUCGUGGAGGGUGUGGAGCAGAUAAUGACUCUGGUGAUGGCUCGGGACUCAUGACUUCAAUUCCAUGGGAUCUAUUCGGCAAAUGGGCAGAUGAGCAAGGGCUCGCUUCCUUCGAUAAAUUGCACACUGGUGUUGGCAUGGUUUUUCUUCCAAGAGAUGAGAACCUUAUGGAAGAAGCCAAAAAAGUUGUUGUAAAUAUUUUUGAACAAGAGGGCCUUGAGGUGCUUGGUUGGAGAGAUGUUCCUGUAAAUAAAUCUGUAGUUGGUUACUAUGCCAAAGAAACUAUGCCCAAUAUUCAGCAGGUGUUUGUUAAAGUUGUCAAAGAAGAGAGUAUUGGUGACAUCGAACGAGAACUUUACAUUUGCCGGAAGUUGAUUGAGAGGGUGGCUAGCUCAAAGAGUUGGGGAAAUGAGCUUUACUUCUGCUCUUUGUCCAACCAAACAAUUGUGUAUAAGGGAAUGCUUCGUUCAGCAGUUCUUGGAUUAUUUUACUCUGACCUCCAGAGUGAUAUCUACACAUCACCAUUUGCUAUUUAUCACCGACGGUUUAGCACAAAUACGAGUCCCAGAUGGCCUCUGGCCCAACCAAUGCGGUUUCUUGGUCAUAAUGGAGAAAUCAAUACCAUACAGGGUAACUUGAACUGGAUGCAAUCUCGCGAAAGCUCGCUGAAAUCUCCUGUUUGGCGUGGCCGUGAAAAUGAAAUUCGUCCAUUUGGUAACCCAAAGGCAUCAGACUCAGCCAAUCUUGAUAGCGCAGCAGAACUCUUAAUAAGAAGUGGGCGUACUCCUGAGGAAACUCUAAUGAUUCUUGUACCUGAGGCAUAUAAGAAUCAUCCAACUCUGACUAUUAAGUAUCCUGAGGCACUUGAUUUCUAUGACUAUUACAAGGGUCAGAUGGAAGCUUGGGAUGGACCUGCCUUACUUUUGUUCAGUGAUGGAAACACAGUAGGUGCUUGUCUCGAUCGGAAUGGACUCCGGCCUGCUAGGUAUUGGAAAACAGUGGACAAUUUUGUGUAUGUUGCAUCUGAGGUUGGUGUUGUUCCAAUGGAUGAAUCAAAAGUGAUCAUGAAAGGCCGUCUAGGUCCAGGGAUGAUGAUAGCUGUGGACUUGCUUGGCGGUCAGGUUUAUGAGAAUACUGAAGUGAAAAAGAAAGUAGCUUUGUCAAAUCCUUAUGGUAAAUGGGUGAGUGAAAAUCUGCGAUCCUUGAAACCUGUGAAGUUCCUCUCGUCAACAGUAAUGGAAAACGAGGCAAUAUUAAAGAAACAACAGGCAUUUGGAUACUCUAGUGAGGAUGUCCAAAUGGUUAUUGAGAGUAUGGCUUCACAAGGCAAGGAACCAACAUUUUGCAUGGGGGAUGACAUUCCACUGGCAGUGUUGUCCCAAAGGGCACACUUGCUAUAUGAUUAUUUCAAGCAACGUUUUGCACAGGUAACUAAUCCAGCUAUAGACCCACUCAGAGAGGGGUUAGUUAUGUCCCUCGAAGUCAAUAUUGGAAAGCGAAGAAACAUAUUGGAGGUUGGUCCAGAGAAUGCUUCUCAGAUUAUAUUGUCCAGUCCAGUGCUGAAUGAAGGGGAGCUCGAGUCAUUGCUAGCUGACCCACAGUUAAAAACUCAAGUUUUACCUACCUUUUUCGAUAUACGUAAAGGGGUGGAGGGUUCUUUGGAGAAAACACUUAUCAGGCUUUGUGAUGCUGCUGACGAAGCCGUUCGGAAUGGUUCUCAGCUGCUAGUGCUAUCUGACCGAUCCGAUGAGCCUGAGGCAGCUCGGCCUGCAAUCCCAAUUCUUCUUGCUGUUGGUGCUGUUCAUCAACAUCUCAUUCAAAAUGGCUUGCGGAUGUCAACCUCCAUAAUUGCAGAUACUGCACAAUGCUUUAGCACUCAUCAUUUUGCCUGUCUGAUUGGAUAUGGUGCAAGUGCUAUAUGUCCAUACCUUGCACUUGAAACAUGUCGCCAGUGGCGUUUGAGUACAAAGACUGUAAACUUGAUGCGGAAUGGAAAGAUGCCUACUGUGACCAUUGAACAGGCUCAAAAGAACUUUAACAAGGCAGUUACAUCUGGCCUUCUCAAGAUUCUUUCGAAGAUGGGCAUAUCGCUGCUUUCAAGUUACUGUGGUGCACAGAUAUUUGAGGUCUAUGGGCUCAGUAAGGAGAUCGUUGAUCUUGCAUUUCGCGGAAGUGUAUCAAGUAUUGGUGGUUUGACAUUUGAUGAGUUGGCAAGGGAGUCAUUGUCUUUCUGGGUGAAGGCUUUCUCUGAGGAUACAGCCAAAAGACUAGAAAAUUUUGGAUUUAUACAGUUCAGGCCAGGAGGGGAAUAUCAUGGAAACAACCCAGAGAUGUCGAAGUUGCUUCACAAAGCUGUCCGUCAAAAGAGUGAGAGCGCAUAUUCUAUUUAUCAACAGCAUCUGGCUAACCGUCCAGUCAAUGUUCUACGUGAUCUUUUUGAAUUCAAAAGUGAUCGUGCUCCUAUUCCCGUCGGGAAGGUGGAACCUGCUUCAUCUAUAGUUAAACGUUUUUGUACCGGUGGGAUGUCGCUUGGGGCUAUUUCACGAGAAACUCAUGAAGCAAUUGCCAUUGCAAUGAACAGAAUUGGCGGAAAGUCAAAUUCCGGUGAAGGCGGUGAGGAUCCUAUCAGAUGGAAUCCACUGGCAGAUGUUGUUGAUGGAUACUCAUCCACACUGCCACAUCUCAAAGGUCUUCAGAAUGGAGAUACUGCUACAAGUGCUAUUAAACAGGUUGCUUCAGGACGUUUUGGUGUCACUCCAACUUUCUUGGUUAACGCUGAUCAACUAGAAAUAAAAAUAGCACAAGGUGCCAAACCUGGUGAAGGGGGCCAACUGCCUGGGCAGAAAGUUAGUGCAUAUAUUGCCAGGUUGAGGAAUUCUAAGCCUGGGGUUCCACUUAUCUCUCCACCACCCCAUCAUGAUAUCUAUUCCAUUGAAGAUCUUGCCCAGUUGAUCUUUGAUCUCCAUCAGGUCAACCCUAGGGCUAAGGUCUCUGUGAAGCUGGUAGCUGAAGCUGGUAUUGGCACAGUUGCUUCUGGUGUUGCAAAGGCUAAUGCUGAUAUUAUUCAGAUAUCAGGGCAUGAUGGUGGAACAGGAGCCAGCCCCAUUAGUUCCAUUAAGCAUGCUGGUGGUCCUUGGGAACUUGGGCUCACAGAAACUCAUCAGACACUCAUCAGUAACGGACUGAGAGAAAGGGUAAUUCUUCGAGUCGAUGGUGGCUUCAAGAGUGGCUUUGAUGUCAUGAUGGCUGCAGCAAUGGGAGCUGACGAGUAUGGAUUCGGUUCUGUUGCUAUGAUUGCUACUGGUUGUGUUAUGGCCCGUAUUUGCCACACGAAUAAUUGCCCAGUUGGUGUUGCCAGUCAGAGGGAAGAACUACGUGCUCGGUUUCCUGGCGUGCCAGCUGAUCUGGUUAAUUACUUUCUGUAUGUUGCUGAGGAGGUAAGAGGCGUGCUGGCAGAAUUGGGUUACCAGAAGUUAGACGAUAUAAUUGGGAAAACAGACAUACUAAAACCACGAGACAUCUCCCUUGUGAAAACCCAGCAUCUUGAUCUAAGUUAUGUGCUCUCGAGUGCCGGAUUACCAAAAUUGAGCAGUACAGAGAUAAGGAAUCAAGAUGUUCACACUAAUGGGCUUGUUUUGGACGACAAGAUACUCGCAGAUCCAGAGAUUGCAGAUGCAAUUGAGAAGGAAAAGGUUGUUAACAAGACUUUUGAUAUAUUCAAUGUGGACCGUGCUGUCUGUGGGCGGAUAUCAGGUGCAAUCGCCAAGAAAUACGGCGAUACUGGUUUCGCUGGACAACUGAACAUAACGUUUAAUGGGAGUGCAGGUCAGUCAUUUGGAUGUUUUUUGACUCCCGGGAUGAAUGUCCGGCUUGUAGGAGAAGCAAAUGAUUAUGUUGGAAAGGGUAUGGCUGGAGGAGAGCUGGUGGUCACUCCAGUAGACAACGCAGGGUUUUGCCCUGAGGAAGCUGCCAUUGUUGGGAACACCUGUCUCUACGGAGCCACUGGUGGCCAAGUCUUCGUUCGAGGGAAAGCUGGGGAACGUUUUGCGGUUAGGAACUCACUCGGUCAGGCUGUCGUCGAAGGCACUGGAGACCAUUGCUGCGAAUACAUGACUGGUGGCUGUGUUGUUGUACUUGGAAAGGUUGGGCGAAAUGUGGCUGCUGGCAUGACUGGAGGUUUGGCGUACAUGCUCGACGACGACGAUACCUUGAUACCCAAGAUAAACAAGGAAAUAGUGAAGGUACAAAGAGUGACUGCUCCAGUUGGUCAAAUGCAGCUCAAGAGCCUCAUUGAAGCUCAUGUUGAAAAGACCGGUAGCGCGAAAGGCGCUGCUAUCCUCGAGGAAUGGGAGAAAUACCUCCCUCUCUUCUGGCAGCUUGUUCCUCCCAGCGAAGAGGACACGCCGGAGGCUUGCGCGUUGUACGAGGCCACCGCCGCCGACCAAGUCACCACCUUUCAGUCCGCUUAA